AGGUAAACCGUAAUUUUCAAGAACCAACCACCGCCAUGAUGAUCCAAGCCCAUCACUAGUAAGCGCCGUAAUCCCACCACUCUCACUCGCACUCUCACUCUCACUCUCAAUCUCUCUCCUCUUGAUGGCUUGCAAAUGUCGCUAACCUCCUUAACAAAACGCAUCACCACUUCAUCUUCUCUCUCCUCAUUUCUUUCUUCAUCAACCAAUUUCAAUGGCUUCCACCACCAUUCUUCGACCACCUUACGCUCCUCCUACAGUGCGAGACAACUACGACGUCAAAGAAUCGUUCCCUUCACCAGACAACAACAACAGCAAAUGCGCAUUUUUCAAGGUAGCUCUAUGCCCUUGUAUCGUUCUCAUCACUCUCAUCUUCAUUGUUAUCUUCAUUAUUCUCAUUGUCAAGUUUCAUCUCAUCUGUCAUCUUCCCUUACACUACCUAUUUUACAAGAAAAAUUGCUAGCUUUAAAGUUAAAGAAAUGUAAUUUAGAAUAUGGGUUUUCAAUUUCACUUGUUUCUACUGAGUUUUCUGCUAGAUCAAUGGCUUUUUCUGCGAAUUCUGGUGAUUUCCUUGAUGGGUUAUUGAUAUCAGGUUGUAAAUCGAAUUGGGUAUUGCCCAAGUUUGGGUUUUGUAGAAAGAUUGUGAAUUUAGGGUUUGGAGGUCAUUAUAGGGGGUUUUCUGCAAAUUCUGGUGAUUUCCUUGAUGGGUUAUUGAUAUCAGGUUGUAAAUCGAAUUGGGUAUUGCCUAAGUUUGAGUUUUGUAAAAAGAUGGUGAAUUUAGGGUUUGGAGGUUAUUAUAGGGGGUUUUCUGGCAGUGGGGAAGAGAGAGAAAGUGAUGAUGAUGAUGAGGAGGGGGAGGGGGAAAAGGGGGAGAGACAAAGGAGUGAAGGUAUUGUUGAGUCAAGUGCUGAUCCAGAAGAAGUUAGUAGGGUUGCUAAGGUAAUUGAUGAAUUGUUCGCCUUAGAUCGAAAUAUGGAGGCGGUUCUUGAUGGGGUUGGGAUUAAUUUGACUCAUGAUUUGGUGGUUGAUGUAUUGCAAAGGUUUAAGCAUGCUAGGAAGCCGGCAUUUCGGUUCUUUUGUUGGGCAGGAACAAAACCUGGUUUUUCGCACGAUUCUAGGACUUACAAUGCUAUGUUGUUGAUAUUGGGGAAGACUAGGCAAUUUGAGACAAUGGGGUCGUUGCUCGAAGAAAUGGGGGAAAAUGGGGUUUUGAAUUUGGACAGUUUUAUGAUUGCGGUUAAAGCUUAUGCUGCUGGUAAAGAGAGGAAGAAAGCUGUUGGAGUGUUUGAGCUGAUUAAGAAAUACGAGUUUAAGUCCGGGGUUGAAACUGUUAAUUGCUUGCUUGAUGCCCUUGCAAGAGAGAAGCUCGUAAAGGAAGCUCAAGCUUUGUAUGAUAGGUUGAAGGGUAGGUUUACUCCAAAUGUGAAGACUUACUCAGUUUUGCUUAGUGGUUGGUGUAGAGUGAAGAAUCUUAUGGAAGCUGGUAAGAUAUGGAAUGAGAUGAUUGAUCAAGGUUUAAAGCCUGAUCUUGUUACCCAUAAUAUAAUGCUAAAUGGGUUAUUGAAGGUUAAGAAGAGAUCUGAUGCAAUCAAGCUUUUCGAGAUCAUGAAGGCCAAGGGGCCUGCUCCGAAUGUCCGGAGUUAUACUAUACUGAUGAGGGAUUUGUGCAAGCAUAAUAAGAUAAAAGAAGCUGUUGCUUACUUUGAUGAGAUGAGGGCGUCAGGCUGUGAGCCAGAUGCUGGUGUAUAUACUUGUUUGAUUACAGGAUUUGGGAACCUAAAAAAGAUGGACAUGGUUUUUGGCUUGCUUAAAGAGAUAAAGGAAAAGGGAUAUCCGCCCGAUGGGCGAUUGUAUAAUGCUUUGAUUAAAUUGAUGACAAAUAGGCGAAUGCCUGAUGAUGCACUCCGCAUUUACAAGAAGAUGAUUCAGAAUGGACAUGAACCGACAAUUCACACUUACAAUAUGAUGAUGAAAUCCUAUUUCUUUGCAGGAAACAGUGAGAUGGCCUGUGAUGUGUGGGAUGAGAUGGUUCAAAGAGGUUGUUGCCCUGAUGAAAAUGCUUACACAGUUCUCAUUGGUGGGCUUAUUAGGCAAGGGAGAUCGGAGGACGCAUGUAAAUACGUUGAGGAAAUGAUCAAUAAAGGGAUGAGAGUUCCGGAGCUUGAUUUCAAUAAGUUCGCAACUGACUUCUCUCGGGUUGGACGACCAAACAUACUGGAUGAGCUGGCUCGAAAGUUGAGGUUGUCCGGCAAGUCUGAAGUAUCUGAAAUCUUUGCAAGGUGGGCUCAGAUGACCCAGAAAAGAGGUACAAGAAGGGGUUCGUUUGACACUGAUGCAUAGGCUCCAUGGAUUGUUUAAUCUGUAACCAAAUUUUUAGAAUGUAAACAAUGUAACUUUUCACAAUUUGAGUGACCUGUAUAUAGAUGUUUUGCCAGACAUUAAUCAACUACAGUUGCUUUGUGAUUAGUUUCUCAUUACUCGUUCUUGUUUUGUGGUUAUUUGAUCACUGUUAUUAGGGCUAUUCAAGGCGUUAAUCCAGUUUAUCUACGGCCUACGGAUCACCUCUCAUUAGGAGUAUGUAGCCAUGUAAGGCAAGUAGACAAUUGAUUAUCUGGCGCUAGGAUUAACUUUUGCCUCCACAUAUUAUGUAAUUUAUUCACUCCAAGAAUGAAAGAAAUAUUUAUGUUUUA